AUGUCUUUAUCUCAACUGAUAGAAGGAGAGGCUAAGAAUAGGAAACUUGAUGGAUUGCCUUCGUUCAGCUUUAACCGAGGUAAAAACUUCAGUGAUGGAGCUCGUAGAAUACCAUUCAGCCCAACUCAAUUAUUAAAACCAGCAGAUUUAAAACCGAUCAAUAUGGUACAUCCAUUAGACAGAGAAGAUAGAAAACCAAGACCAGUAAUCCGAAGACCACCAACAAAAAAAGAAGUGAAAUUUACAGAUCCAUUCAAGUAUUACGAAUUAGAUAUAUUAAAAGAACCAUAUAAUCCUGAAUUAUUAUCAAGUUUUUUAACUCCAAUCGGUAGAAUCAAAAAUCGAACUCAAACUGGUUUAUCUAAAUCAUCACAAAAAAAACUUUCUAAAUCAAUUCGAAGAGCUAGGUGUAUGGGUUUUUUACCUUACUUUGGUAAACCUUUAGAUCGAUUUUCUGAUGAAUUUCAACAGAGACGUGAUGGUAAAGGGGUCGAUUUACCUAGUUUUGCUCGCUAA